CAGCGUCAUUCCAAUGACGCUACAACUGUCAUCUCGCGAGGCGGAGCGCAGUUUCCCAGCCAGCACUGUGUGGUGUGGCGUGUGCGUGAUAUAGACGAGGAAAGAUGGCGACGCAGGAGAGCGAAGCAGCUAAGGCUACCGUGAGCAACGGCGAGGUGAGCAGCAAUGGAACUCCUGCGACAACAGAUGGCCAAACUGUGCAGACAGCUGCAAAUGCACAGGAUCCUCAGCAGCAGCAGCAGCAACAAGCACCUAAUGCAUGGCAGGUCAUUAAAGGAGUCCUCUUCAGAAUCUUCAUAAUCUGGGCCAUCAGCAGCUGGUUCCGUCGAGGGCCGUCCACCCCUGAUCCAAGCACACCAGCCGGGGCACCAAGAGUACCCAGCAGGAACCUCUUCCCAAAGGACACCCUCAUGGACUUUUAUGUGUACGUGUCCCAGGAGGAGGUGUUCUCUGACUUCAACAACACAGAAGCCCUAUUCUGGUUCCAUAGGGACCUGGUCUAUGGAGACUGGACCACAGGGGAGAAUGGGGACGGCUGUUACGAGCACUAUAAGGAGAUGGAGAUCCCAGAGAAAGUCCAGCAGAACGGUUCUCUUUACAUGCAUGUCUACUUCACUAAAAGUGGAUUUCACCCAGACCCCAAGCGUAAGGGGCAGUAUCGCAGACUGGCAACCGUUCAUGCAACACGGAUGCUGAAUAAAUUCAAGCGAAGAAAGUUUCUGAAGACCAAGAAUCUGCUAACAGGAGAGACAGAAGCAGAUCCCGAAAUGAUCAAGCGGGCAGAGAGCCACGGGCCAGUGGAGAUUAUCUCUCACUGGCACCCCAAUCUCACCAUCAAUAUGGUAGAUGACCACACUGCCUGGGUCAAAGGCUCUGUCCCACCACCUCUAGACCAGCAUGUUAAGUUUGAUGCAGUAAGUGGCGACUACUAUCCCAUUGUGUACUUCAAUGACUACUGGAACCUUCAGAAAGACUACUAUCCCAUCAACGAGACCCUGACAACACUCCCGCUGCGCCUGUCGUACUGCCCGCUGUCCUUGUGGCGUUGGCAGCUGUACGCCGCCCAAAACGCACGCUCACCGUGGAACUUCCUGCCUGAGGACACCUACGAGCAGUCUGAUGAAGACCAAGACUCUGUCAAGGUGGCACUUUUGGAAACCAACCCGUACCUGUUAGGCCUCACCAUUGUGGUCUCCAUUGUGCACAGCAUCUUCGAGUUUCUUGCCUUCAAGAACGAUAUCCAGUUCUGGAACAGCAGACAGUCCCUCGAAGGCCUCUCUGUGCGCUCCAUCAUAUUUGGAGUUUUUCAGUCCCUGGUGGUGCUGCUGUACAUAUUGGACAACGAGACCAACUUUGUGGUGCAGGUCAGCGUCUUCAUCGGCCUCCUUAUUGACUUGUGGAAAAUCACCAAGGUCAUGGACGUCAGAUUGGACAGAGAGCACAAAAUCGCAGGAACAUUCCCGAGAUUGGUAUUCAAAGACAAGUCAACAUAUGUGGAGUCUUCAACCAAAAUCUACGACGACAUGGCCUUCAAGUACUUGUCGUGGCUGCUCUACCCUCUGUUUGGCUGCUAUGCGGUCUACAGUUUAUUGUAUGUAGAGCACAAAGGCUGGUACUCAUGGGUACUCAGCAUGCUCUAUGGCUUCUUGUUAACUUUUGGUUUCAUUACAAUGACGCCACAGUUAUUCAUCAACUACAAAAUGAAGUCAGUGGCCCACCUCCCAUGGAGGAUGCUCACCUACAAGGCUCUCAAUACCUUUAUUGAUGACCUGUUUGCCUUUGUCAUCAAGAUGCCCAUGAUGUACAGGAUAGGAUGUCUCAGAGAUGAUGUGGUAUUCUUCAUCUACCUUUACCAGCGCUGGAUCUAUCGGGUCGAUCCCAACAGGGUCAACGAGUUUGGCACAAGCGGGGUAGACCAGAUGCAGAACAACACAGCAGGGCCAGACGCAGCACCCACCACAGCCGCCGCCGCCAUCACAGACAAACCAGAGGGGGAGAAGAAGAACGAUUGAGCAAGACCCUGCCUUUAUUCACCUCCCUGGCCCUCACUGCUAUGGCGGCGAAGAGGACUUGCGGAAAUUAGGCAGGGAGGGGAGUUGUCGUUUAGCUGGCAUGGACGCCACUACAAAAAAAAAAAAAAAAUUAAUAAUAAUAAAAAAAAUGCAGUUCAGCUGUUCCCUCUGAUUUCUGUGUGGACCCACAGAGAAUCAUAUUCAGUGUAGACUUGGUAAAUUCUUAUUUCUGUUCCCCGCCCUCUCGUUUUGCAGUUCAAGUGAAGUAAAACAAAACGUGAUGUACUGUAUUCUGUAUGAUUUCUCAGAGGGUGACAAUGUGUUGGAGUAGAGGUUGGGAGGGGAACGGGUCACAGUUACACAACUUUUUUUUUUACUUUUUUUUUUUUUUUUUUUUUUAUAAAUACAGGGAAGAAAGAGGCCAAGUGCAACUUUUGUUCUUUGUGUAGAUUCCUUGUGAAUUUUUCUUUUCAUUCCAUGUGAGCACCACGUUUCGGAUUGCCUUGAAACUGGUGAGAAGUGCUGGAGGAAACUGGAAAGAUCCUGAGCCACUACCUGGUGACGAGAAGGAGGACCCUACGAGACACUACCCGCAAGAGAGUGACUUCUACCCUCAAUUUUAAACAAAUGGUUAAUGUUCUAAACUUGAACAUAAAAACAAAAAAAAAUAACAACCUUGUUGGUAUUAAUAUAAAUAUAUUAAUAUUGUCAGUUCAUUUUUGUUUUUCAGUCACCGAAGAAUUAUUUUGUAUGUCCUUAAACUGUACAGAACCUCAGCUUGUCAUGUCAGUAAUACCAAUGUCAAAACUGUCUAGCAAUAUCUAAUUUGCAGGACUAAAUUGCCCCCCUCAGCCACAUGUCUGGUUUUCAGUUUGUUUCACGUUCACACUCCAAACAAAAUCACCUUUGCAGAUGCAGUGGAGACAGGCGUGAGGGGUGUGUGUGCGCUGGAGCAAUUACAGUGUCUCUUGUUUUAAUUUUGAGUGCUGUAAAUCAUGAAACGAAGAGGGUUCCAUGUUGGUACAUGUCAAAUUUUGAUUCAUUCAUGUUUAUAGUAAAACUUAAGUGUGAUUUAAA